AUGGCACCUUCAAAGGCCGCAACCUCUGCUCCUGCUCCUGCUCCUGCUCCCGCACCAAAGGUCAUUGUGAUGCCCAAAUCGCUCAACGAGUCGCUCGCGUCCACAUCGCCGCCCAUGUCGACCGCCUCCUCCAUAAGAGAACCUAUUGCGCGGCCCUCGCCCACCGCGGGGUCAACGUUCGCAUACCAGGACGGCCUACCAAAGCUGCCCAUCCCGGAGCUAGCGGACACGUGCAGGAAGUAUCUGGAUGCCGUACGGCCGCUUCAAACGGACAGAGAGCAUCAGGAGACGAAGGCCGCCGUGAGGGAGUUUUUGAAGACGGAUGGGCCCGAGCUGCAUGAGAGGUUGAAGAAGUAUGCGAGCGGGAAGAGCAGCUAUAUCGAACAGUUUUGGUACGAUUCGUACUUGAACUACGAUAAUCCCGUUGUUCUCAACUUGAACCCUUUUUUCCUACUGGAAGAUGACCCAACACCGGCACGUAAUAACCAGGUUACGAGAGCGGCUUCUUUGGUAGUGUCGGCACUGUCUUUCGUCAGGGCUCUUCGUAAGGAAGAACUUCCGCCGGACAAGGUCCGCAACACCCCACUCUGCAUGUACCAAUAUCCACGCAUCUUCAGCACUGCCAGAAUUCCCACAGAAAAUGGAUGUGAAAUGCACUCAGACCCUUCAGCACGCCACAUCGUUGUCAUGUGCCGUUCUCAAUUCUACUGGUUCGACGUCUUGGAUGACAACUCGGACCUGAUCAUGACCGAGAAGGACCUUGCCCAAAACCUCCAAGCCAUUGUCGAAGACGCAGAGACAAUCCCGAUACAAGAGGCCGCCAAGAAUGCUCUAGGAGUUCUCUCCACCGAGAACCGAAGGAUCUGGGCCCAUCUCCGUGAUGUCUUGACCACCGAUUCCAACAACGUUGAAUGCCUAAGAAUCGUUGACACCGCCAUCUUUGUGCUGUGUCUCGACUCGACAUCACCAAAGUCCGGUUCCGAGCUGAGCAUGAACAUGCUCUGCGGUACCAAUGUGGUCGAGAAGGGUGUCCAGAUCGGUACCUGCACAAACCGCUGGUACGACAAACUGCAGAUCAUUGUCUGCAAGAACGGAACUGCGGGUAUCAACUUUGAGCACACCGGUGUUGACGGCCACACGGUCCUGAGAAUGGCCAGUGAUGUCUACACCGACACCAUCCUGCGAUUUGCCAGAACUAUCAACGGAAACGCACCCAGCCUGUGGGCAUCCACCUCACCAGACCCAAGCAAGCGUGACCCGUCUAGCUUUGGAGAUGUCUGCAUCACUCCCCACAGAUUGGAGUGGACCAUGGUCCCCGAGGUCUCCUUUGCGCUCCGUUUCGCAGAGACCAGACUCGCCGAUUUGAUCCAGCAGAACGAGUUCGAAGUGCUCGAGUUCGAGGGCUACGGGAAGAACUUUAUUACAUCCAUGGGCUUCUCCCCCGACGCCUUCGUGCAGAUGGCCUUCCAAGCCGCCUACUACGGCCUCUACGGCCGCGUCGAGAGUACCUACGAGCCCGCCAUGACCAAGAUCUUCGCCCACGGCCGCACCGAAGCCAUCCGCACCGUCUCGGACGAAUCCGUCGAGUUUGUCCGCAAAUUCUGCGAGAACGCCCCCGCGCGCGAGAAGCUCGAUGCCCUCAAGAAGGCCUGCGUCCGCCACGUUGCCCUCACAAAGGAAUGCGCAAAGGGUCUCGGCCAGGACCGCCACCUCUACGCCAUGUUCUGCGUGUGGCAGCGCGGCCUCGACGAGGAGUCGCAGUCCCAUUUUGGCACCGACGCUUCCUCUCUCAACGGCAUCAGCAGCGAUGGCUACGGCUCCUCCCCCGUCGACGGGCCCUUCGAGCCCGGCAGCCCUGGCCUCAUCAACGGCAGCAACCAGGUCCGCCCCCGCAGCUUCUCCGACACCAGUUCCAUCUCCGGCUCCGCUCGCGACACAGUGCAAAAGCCCACCCAGAGCAUCCCCGGCAUCUUCUCCGACGCUGGCUGGGACAAGAUCAACAACACCAUCCUCAGCACCAGCAACUGCGGCAACCCCUCGCUACGCCUCUUCGGCUUUGGCCCCACCUCCGGCGACGGCUUCGGCAUCGGAUACAUCAUCAAGGCCGACAGCAUCUCCAUCAGCGUCAGCAGCAAGCACAGACAGACAAAGCGCUUCGUCGACACCCUCCAGAGCUACUUCCUCGAGGUCCGCCACAUGCUGCGGCAGACGCAGCGCCGCGCCACGAACUCCGCGGGCACCCGUGCGCGGGAGGCAGAGCAGAACACGGAGGCGGCCAACGCGGCGCGCGCGGCGGCGACCCUGCGCUCACGGAAUAGGUCGGGAAGGGCGGUCGGGACGCCGAAGGGGAACUUGAGGCCGAACUUGAAUGGCGGCGUGUCGGAUGAUAGCCAUAGUGUGACGAGUAAGGAGGAGAGCGACGGCGAGGGAGGUAUGUUGGGUGGGUAUGGGUAUUUCGAUUCGGGGAGUGUUAAGCAUCUUCUCAACACCGAGGAGCACCGGAAGCAGGCGGAGCUGAAGGCGGCGGGGUUCUCGAAGAGGGCGGUUGGGAGGAAGCUGAGGCUGGCUGAGUACUAG